UGGGGCAUAUUCUUUUUUCCCACUUUCUCAGCCUUGUUUCCCUUCUAUUCUAGCCAGCAAAGCAACAGCUACCCCUGAACUCAUCAGAGAGGGUCAGAACAUGAACAUGGAAAACAGUGUUGAUCUGAAGAUAGAAAGCAAGGCAGAAAGAAAGCCAGUAAAGCAGAAUCCACUAAGCAAAGUUGGGAAGAGAGUCUGCAGAGCUCUCGGGUACAUCACUGGAGACAUGAAGGAAUUUGGAGCCUGGUUAAAAGAUAAACCUCUCAUGAUCCAGUUUAUUGACUGGGUGUUGCGUGGGAUAUCCCAAGUGAUGUUUGUCAACAAUCCCUUCAGUGGGCUCAUCAUGGUUGCUGGCUUCCUGGUGCAGAACCCGUGGUGGACACUCACGGGCUGUUUAGGAACAGUUGUCUCAACUUCAACAGCACUUGCUCUGGGUCAGGACAGAUCAGCCAUAUCAGCAGGCCUGUACGGCUAUAAUGGGGUCUUGGUGGGAUUGCUCAUGGCUGUCUUCUCUGCUAAGGGAGACUACCACUGGUGGCUUCUACUACCGGUAGCACUGGUGUCCAUGAUGUGCCCUGUUUUCACCAGUGCUUUGGGUUCAGUCUUCUGUAAGUGGGAUCUGCCUGUUUUCACCUUGCCUUUCAACUUGGCCUUGACCCUCUAUCUGGCUGCAUCAGGACCCCAUAACCUCUUCUUCCCUACAACUGUCAUUCAGCCUGCAACAGCAACUCCAAACAUCACUUGGACUGAUGCUGAAAUGCCGAUGCUUCUGCAAUCCAUUCCAGUUGGGGUGGGUCAGGUUUAUGGCUGUGAUAACCCCUGGGCUGGGGGAAUUUUCCUGAUUGCUUUAUUUAUCUCUUCUCCACUCAUUUGUCUGCAUGCAGCAAUUGGAUCAGCAGUGGGGAUGUUGGCAGCGCUGAGCUUAGCAACACCUUUUAGAAAAAUCUACUCUGGCUUGUGGGGCUACAACAGCUCCCUCUCAUGUGUUGCGAUCGGAGGCAUGUUCUACGCUUUCACCUGGCAGACACAUUUGCUGGCAAUUGCCUGUGCGCUCUUCAGUGCCUACCUGGGAGCAGCAAUGACUAACAUGUUGUCUGUGUUUGGGGUGCCAUCAGGAACCUGGUCUUUUUGCUUGUCUGCACUGACCUUCCUAUUAAUAACCACAAACUACUCUGCCAUCUACAAGCUGCCACUCUCCAAAGUCACCUAUCCAGAAGCCAACCGAGCUUAUUAUCUGAAGAUGAAGAAACAUCAGAGGUCUUGCUGUGAAGUAUAAGGACCCAAGAAGAGAAAUAUUUUGUAGAUUUUAAGGCAAGAGUGCAAGGUGUUUCUCCAAAAAACAUGAUUUGUGUGCUACAAAGUCAAAAGACCAAAAAUAUCACCACCUUCUGAGUGGAUAGAUUUUUUCCACCACAUUCUUUUGUUCUGUGCUGAUUAGAUAGGACUGUGCUGUGCUGGAAGGACCUUUCCCAAGACCAAUCUGUAAUGAUUUAAAAAGUAUAUAUGCCUGAAAAGACACUUUAAUUUUUAGUAGUGGAGAAAUGAAUUAGAAGUUGAAAAGAAAAAUCUUGUUUGUGAAAUCCAAGUCACAGCAAUUGGACAUAAAGCAAUAAAGAGCAGAGCAUCUUUCACCAUC